GUGGGAUUUCAAAAUGGCGUUCUUGCUGCGGGAGGUUGUUAUAAGUUAUGUAGUCGUCCACUGUUCUUAAUAGGCUGAGUAGUCAUAUUUUUAAUAAUACAUUUGUAUGAUAAUGUAUAACAUGAGGGGUUUGUGCUUGUGCGCCAGGGGAGCGUUCACGUUUAGUGGCCGUAUCGGUGUCAACACCAGAAAAAACACCGGCCCGUAUUUUUGUACAACUUUGCUUUCUGCUGUUUCAGAUCCAGCAGGGAUUCGUGUCAGGAUGUACAGUAAGGUAACAGGUCGAGACGUCCCGGAACAGUUUGUGUGCUAUCCCCUUCCCCACAGGUCCCUGUUAAAAAUCCAGGGACAGGACACAAGUCCGUUUCUUCAGGGGAUUAUAACCAAUGACAUGAAGCUGCUGGAGGAGCCUGGACUCAGAGCCAUGUACUCACAUAUGUUAAAUGUACAAGGAAGAACACUAUAUGACAUCAUGUUGUACAGUCUUAAAGAAGCUGAUGCAGGAUGCAGUGUUUUCCUGGAGUGUGACAGCACAAUUAAGGACUCAGUCUUGAAACAUUUGAAGAUGUACAAGAUCCGCAGAAAGGUCAACAUUAACCCCUGUCCAGAGCUUUCUGUAUGGGCAGUGCUCCUCAAGCGAAAAAAUGCAAGUCAAGGAGAACCCGGUAAAUCUGAGCUUUCUUCCCCUGAAAAAACUCUGGUAUGGGAGGCUGAUCCUCGAACUCAGGAAAUGGGCUGGAGAUUGGUGUUGGACAGUCACGUUGACCCCUUGGAAAUCAUUACAUCGUGUCAGAAAGGUGACACAAAGGAGUAUCACAGACAUCGCUAUGCAAUAGGACUUCCUGAGGGAGUGCAGGACCUUCCUCCUGGAGUGGCACUACCACUAGAGUCAAAUCUUGACUACAUGCAGGGCAUAAGCUUUAGCAAGGGCUGUUACAUUGGGCAGGAGCUCACAGCCAGGACUCAUCACACUGGGGUGAUUCGGAAACGCCUGAUGCCGAUACGCUUGUCAUCUCCAGUCCAAGACCUUGAGGAAGGUGCCACACUGCAAACACAAUCGGGCAAGCCAGCUGGGAAGUACCGAGCAGGGGUAGGAGAGCUGGGUCUGAGCCUAAUCCGCAUGGCUCAUGCCAAAGAGGUGUUGAUGCUCAAAUCUUCUAACAAUACAACUGUGACACUCGAGGCCUCUGUGCCAGAAUGGUGGCCUAAAGACAACUCAGUCAGCUGAAGAGGAGGAUGUUUUACAGCUCCAAAAAAUGUGACAUAUAUCACAUCUGACAGACUUCUCAUAAACAGAACCCUUAAGGACAAUAUAUGUUGUCAUUACCUUAACACCUGUAUGGCAUUAUUUGUGAGCAUUUUUGUUUUGUUUGCAAUUAACAUACUUUUAAAGGGAUUUUUUUCUAAUUGUAAAGUAUUAUGCUCCACAGAAUUAUGUUUUUUUU